UAUAUGUUUGUGCCAUGUGAAUUACGCACACACGUAUCGUCUUGGCGUCUGACCUGCCCAACGUAACGGGGCAGAACCGGACCAACCCGGCCUCCGCUUGUACUCAAACCAGCGUUUUACACACACAUUGAUUAUUUUAGAUGAAAAAAGGGGGAGGUUGCCCUAGUUUUGAAACACGUACUAGUAGCAUAUUGGUUAGCGAUUGCGGGGCGCCAAUUCGUCUUCAAAAAUCAGGAAACUUUAUAAACAUGACUCCUCCUCCACUCCGCAUCUUAAACCCAACGCCCGUUCCUUUCCUUAUGAAUCCCAAAACGUGACAUGUUUUUCCAUUCUCUGUUCAGGAAUCAGAUCUCAGGAAGCAGGAUCUGAUUUUGAACAGAGUGCUAUCAAAAUUCUGUCUUUCCAGUGACAGCAUUAACAAAUUUAUAUCCCUCGACAUGGGUCUCAAAGGAUUUGUUGAAGGCGGCAUUGCUUCCACUGUCGCCGGCUGUACAACUCUUCCACUCGAUCUCAUCAAAGUUCGCUUGCAGCUUAAGGGCGAGAAACACUCUAUUCCUGUGAGACCUCAGCCAAUACAGAAUCUGCGUCCAGCUUAUGCCUUUCCCCCACUUUCUCCGGCGAUGGCUGCCUCUCCGGCCACGCUUGGUCUUCGACCUGGUGUUGGACUCAUAUCCGUCGGUGUUUGGAUUGUGCAGUCCGAAGGCGUGGCUGCCCUGUUUUCCGGCGUAUCCGCCACAGUGCUUCGCCAAGCACUCUAUUCCACUACCCGCAUGGGUCUAUACGAUGUGAUGAAGCACAAAUGGGCCGAUCCAGAUACGGGCAAGAUGCUCCUGACCCGAAAGGUAGCUGCGGGGCUAAUCGCCGGCGGGAUAGGUGCAGCCAUUGGAAACCCUGCUGAUGUGGCCAUGGUCCGGAUGCAAGCGGAUGGUCGGCUUCCGACGGCUCAACGGCGCGGUUAUAAAAGCGUGUUCGACUCAAUCGCGCGCAUGACGAGUGAGGAAGGAAUUACUAGCCUGUGGCGGGGUUCGGCUCUUACGGUGAACCGUGCGAUGAUCGUGACAGCUUCUCAAUUGACUUCUUAUGAUCAAUUCAAGGAGAUGAUUUUGGGAAAGGGGCUGAUGAAGGAUGGCCUCGGAACCCACGUCACGGCAAGCUUCGCGGCGGGGUUUGUGGCAGCGGUGGCUUCCAAUCCCGUGGACGUGAUAAAGACGAGGGUGAUGAACAUGAAUGUUGAGGCAGAGGCAACCCCACCGCAUAAUGGAGCCUUGGGUUGUGCAUUCAAGACAUCGAAGGCUGAAGGACCUAUGGCUCUGUAUAAGGGAUUCGUCCCCACAAUAUCAAGGCAAGGACCCUUUACCGUGGUGCUAUUUGUGACUCUCGAGCAAGUGAGGAAGUUGCUCAAGGAAUUUUGA